GAAAAACAUGUUAAGCCUGGAAGCAGAACUUCAGCAGAUGCGGCUCUUUUCCUGUCUGUCUUUAGUGAGGCUUUGAGCUGCCUCGCACAAGCAGGAUCUGGAAUCUCUUGAUGCCUAUAUCCAGAGGACGCUCUCUGCCUUGUACCCACCGUUUGAAGCCACGGCAGCCACGGUGCUCUGGCAGCUGUUCAGCGUGGCUGAGAGGUGCCACGGUGGGGACGGGCUGCACUGCCUCACCAGCUUCCUCCUCCCAGCCAAGAGGGCCCUGCAGCACCUGCAGCAGGAAGCCUGUGCUAGGUACAGGGGUCUGGUCUUCCUGCACCCAGGCUGGCCGCUGUGCGCCCAUGAGAAGGUGGUGGUGCAGCUGGCGUCCCUGCACGGAGUCAGGCUCCAGCCCGGGGACUUCUAUCUCCAGGUCACAUCGUCGGGGAAGCAGUCAGCUAGACUGGUCUUGAAAUGCCUGUCCCGGCUGGGAAGGGGCACAGAGGAAGUCACCGUCCCUGAGGCCAUGUAUGGCUGUGUCUUCACGGGGGCGUUCCUGGAGUGGGUGAACCGGGAGCGGCGCCACGUCCCCCUGAAAACCUGCUUGCUGACCUCAGGCUUGGCCGUCCACCGAGCCCCGUGGAGCGACGUCACUGACCCUGUCUUUGUCCCCAGCCCUGGAGCCAUCCUGCAGAGCUGCUCCAGCUGCACAGGUCCUGAGCGGCUGCCCAGCAGCCCCUCAGAGGCCCCGGUCCCCACCCAAGCCAUGGCAGGCCCCCAUUUCCAGGGAAGCACCUCUUGCCCCGACACCCUGACCCCACCCUGCCGCCAAGGGCGUACGGGCAGCGACCAGCUCAGGCACCUUCCUUACCCAGGAAGAGCCGAGCUGGGAAGCCCCAGGACCCUGUUUGGAAGCUCAGACAGGGACUUUGAAAAGGUCAGCCCCUCAGAGCAGGGCCCACGGAUGCCGCCUGAGAACUGCGGGGGGUCGGGGGACAGGCCGGACCCCAUGGACCAGGAGGACGGCCCCAAGGCCCUCACCUUCCACACAGACCUGGGCAUCCCGAGCAGCAGGAGGCGGCCGCCGGGGGACCCCACUUGUGUGCAGCCUAGACGCUGGUUCAGGGAGUCGUACAUGGAGGCCUUGCGGAACCCCAUGCCCCUGGGCAGCUCUGAGGAGGCCCUCAGGGACCCGGCCUGCAGCUCCCUGGCUGAAGCCAGCAGGGACCUGGGGACUGGGGCAGCAGCCAGUGGGACCCAGGAGGAAACCUCCGGCCCCCGGGCAGACCCCCAACAGACCCCAAGUCUAGAGAAGGAGAGGCACACGCCCAGCCGGACAGGUCUAGGAGCUGCAGGGCAGACCCUUCCCAGGAGAUCUCGGUCCCGGGAAAGGGCACCCAGAAGCUCCAGAGGGGCCCAGGCUGCAGCCUGCCACACCUCCCACCACUCAGCAGGCUCCAGGCCUGGGGGCCACCUAGGAGGACAAGCUGUGGGGACCCCAAACUGUGUCCCAGUAGAGGGUCCUGGCUGCACCAAAGAAGACGUUCUUGCGUCCUCAGCCUGCAUCAGCACAGACGGCGGCAGCCUCCAUUGUCACAACCCCAGCAGGCCUUCCGGUGUGCCUGCCCAGCAGCCACACCCUGAGCAAGAAGGGUGGCCACCCGGCACAGGAGACUUCCCCAGCCAGGUGCCCAAGCAGGUGCUGGACGUCAGCCAGGAGCUGCUGCAGUCCGGGAUCGUCACCCUCCCAGGGACCCGAGACCGUCAUGGCAGAGCAGUGGUGCAGAUCCGCACCAGGAGCCCGCUCUGGACCAGGGAACACUCGUCCUGUGCUGAGCUGACCCGCCUGCUGCUGUACUUCCAUAGCAUCCCCAGGAAGGAGGUCCGGGACCUGGGGCUGGUCGUCCUGGUGGAUGCACGCAGGAGUCCAGCUGCCCCUGCCGUCUCCCACGCCCUUGCGGGAUUGCAGAACAACACAUCUCCUAUAAUUCAUAGUAUCUUGCUGUUGGUAGAUAAAGAAUCUGCAUUUAGGCCUGACAAGGAUGCAAUAAUUCAGUGUGAGGUCGUGAGCUCCCUGAAGGCCCUGCACAAAUUUGUUGACAGCUGCCAGCUGACCGCAGACCUCGACGGCUCCUUUCCCUACAGCCAUGGUGACUGGAUCUGCUUCCGUCAGAGGCUGGAACACUUUGCUGCAAACUGCGAAGAAGCCAUCAUUUUCCUACAGAAUUCAUUCUGCUCCCUGAACACCCACAGAACCCCAAGAACAGCCCAGGAAGUCACCGAGUUAAUUGACCAGCACGAGACGAUGAUGAAGCUUGUCCUGGAAGACCCACUGCUCGUGUCUCUCAGGCUGGAGGGGGGCACUGUCCUGGCGCGGCUGAGGAGAGAAGAGCUUGGCACAGAAGAUAGCCGGGACACCCUGGAGGCCUCCACAGGCCUGUACGACCGAGUGGAUGAGGAGGUGCACAGGCUGGUCCUCGCCUUGAACAAUCAUCUCCAGCAGCUAGAGCGCCUCCGGGAGCUGGCAUCGCUCCUGGAAGGGAAUGACCAGGUCCAUGCGCGUGCCCUCACAGGGGCCUCCAGACAAAGACGUGCAGCAGGGACGCGCGGCACUGUGCACACUCCCGGCCUCCCCACGACUGACCCCAGCUCCCAGAUGUUGGCCAGGGGUCCAACUGGUCCAAUCCCUGGGGCAGGACCAGGAACCCCACACCAGCAAUCCUACCAGAAAGGACUACAGCUGGCGAAGGAGAACCCGCAACGUACAGAGGAAAUGGUCCAGGAUUUCAGAAGGGGCCUGAGCGCCGUGGUCAGCCAGGCUGAGUGCGGGGAGGGAGAGCUGGCCAGGUGGACCCACUCGUCCGAGUUGUGCGAGACGGUGAGCAGCUGGAUGGGGCCCCUGGACCCGGAGGCUUCUGCCUCCUCACUCCUGGCUGAGUGUUUGAGGAGCUGUCACCAGGAGGCUACCUCGGUGGCUGCAGAGGCCUUCCCCGGGGCAGGUGUGGCAGUGCUGAAGCCUCAUGCCCUGGGGAGACUGUGGGCAUCACAGCAAGACCUGUGGCUGCAGUACCCCCAGACCCGGCUCCGUCUGGAAGAGGCCCUUUCUAAGGCCGCCCCAGACCCCAGCUUACUGCCCCUUGCCCAGAGCCCCCCAAAGCAUGAGCGUGCCCAGGCCAUGAGGAGGCCCCAUAAGCCACCCUCAGUCCCCAGCACAGACAGUGAGGGUGGCGCCUGGGAACCUGCCCAACCACUGUCCGGCCUCCCUGGACGAGCACUUCUGUGUGGACAGGACGGGGAGCCCCUGGGCCCAGGGCUGUGUGCUCCGUGGGACCCACUGUCCCCCCUCGGGGGCCUUCCAGGGGCAGGGGCCACCACGGCCCACCUGGAGGACAGCUCUGCCUGCUCCUCUGAGCCCAUCCAGACCCUGGCCAGCCGCCCCAGGAAACAUCCCCAGAAGAAAAUGAUAAAGAAAACGCAAAGUUUCGAGAUACCUCAGCCCGACAGUGGCCCCAGGGACUCCUGCCAGCCAGACCAUACCGGUGUCUUCAGCAAGGGCCUGGAGGUAACCAGCACUGUAGCCACAGAGAAGAAGCUCCUGCUGCGGCAGCGUGCCAGGAGCCCCCCGGUCACUCGGAGCCGGAGUCUGUCCUCCCCCUCGGGUCUCCACCCUGCUGAGGAGGAUGGGAGGCAGCAGGUGAGCAGCAGCCGACUGAGGCACAUCAUGGCUGAGAUGAUCGCCACAGAGAGGGAGUACGUUCGGUGCUUAGGAUACGUCAUCGACAACUAUUUCCCAGAAAUGAAAAGAAUGGACUUGCCCCAGGGCCUUCGAGGGAAGCACCACGUUAUUUUCGGCAACUUGGAGAAGCUCCACGACUUCCACCAGCAGCACUUCCUCCGGGAGCUGGAGCGCUGCCGGCACUGCCCCUUGGCCGUGGGCCGCAGUUUCCUAAGACACGAAGAGCAAUUUGGGAUGUACGUGAUCUACAGCAAAAACAAGCCGCAGUCGGAUGCCCUGCUCAGCAGCCACGGCAACGCCUUCUUCAAGGACAAGCAGCGGGAGCUGGGUGACAAGAUGGACCUGGCCUCCUACCUGCUGCGGCCCGUGCAGCGUGUGGCCAAGUACGCGCUGCUACUCCAGGACCUGCUCAAGGAGGCCAGCUGCAGCCUGGCCCAGGGGCAGGAGCUGGGCGAGCUCCGAGCCGCUGAGGUCAUGGUCUGCUUCCAGCUGCGUCACGGCAAUGACCUGCUGGCCAUGGACGCCAUCCGCGGCUGUGACGUGAAUUUGAAGGAACAGGGGCAGCUGAGAUGCCGGGAUGAGUUUAUCGUUUGCUGCGGGAGGAAGAAGUAUCUGAGGCAUGUGUUCCUCUUUGAAGACCUCAUCCUGUUUAGCAAGACCCAGAAGGUGGAGGGCAGCCACGACGUCUACCUGUACAAGCAGUCCUUCAAGACGGCCGAGAUCGGGAUGACAGAGAACGUCGGGGACAGUGGCUUGAGGUUUGAGAUUUGGUUUCGCAGGCGGCAGAAAUCUCAGGACACCUACAUUCUCCAAGCAAGCUCGGCAGAGGUCAAGAGUGCAUGGACCGAUGUCAUAGGGAGGAUCCUGUGGCGGCAGGCACUAAAGAGCAGAGAGCUCAGAAUCCAAGAAAUGGCAUCCAUGGGGAUAGGCAACCAGCCAUUCAUGGACAUCAAGCCCAGAGACCGGGCCCGUGACUGUGCAGUGAUAAGCGACCGGGCUCCCAAAUGUGCAGUGAUGAGCAACCGGGUCCCCGACAGCAUCGUCAAGGGCACAGAGUCACAAAUGAGAGGGUCCACAGCGGUGUCCUCCUCUGAUCAUGCCACCCCCUUCAAGCGACCACACUCCACCAUCUCGGACAGCAGCACCUCCUCUUCUAGCAGCCAGUCCUCCUCCAUCCUGGUGUCACUGGGCCUGCUUGUGUCCUCCAGCCCAGCCCACCCGGGCCUGUGGAGCCCUGCCCACAGCCCCUGGUCAUCUGACAUCAGAGCCUGCGUCGAGGAAGAUGAGCCAGAGCCAGAACUGGAGACGGGCACCCAGGCUGCGGUGCAUGAGGGGGCUCCUGCUGUGCUGCUGAGCCGCACACGCCAGGCCUGAUGACUCUGGGGGUGGCAGUGCCCAUCGCGUAGCUGGAAUGAUACAUAGGGAGCAGCACGCCAGGCCUGAUGACUCUGGGGGUGGCGGUGCCCAUCGCGUGGCUGGAACGAUCCAGAGGGAGUAGCACAGCAGGUGUCCAGGUAUUUCUCUGGAUUUUAGACACUCCCUAACAUUUUCAAACAAAUUUAAAAUUUUGUCUGAUUUAAAAAACAAACCUUCCACUUCCACCCAAGAGAACAGCAUAGGAAACAGACCUAAAACAAGACAAAAAAAGACUAAACAUGAAACAAAAGAUGUCAAGACACAAGACAUUUGGCAACAAAGGACUGUGAUCCCUGAGAGACAGGAAAACGGGAGGUGAGCCCGGUGAUGGCCUCAGACCUCCCUCCACCUUGAGAGUUUGCCGGCCUCAGUGCAGGGAGGGGCCCAGGAAGAGCCCAGCAGCCUCCGUGAGUUGAAGAGACCAAGUCAGCAGGAGUUUGCAGGUCAGAGUGCCAGAGAGAGAUGCUUGCAUGGGGAAGGACUCACCAGAUCAGCCCCUCCAGCACCCAGUGGGGUGCUACCCAUUCACACACUCAAACAGGGAGGCUACCAAGGCUGGGAGCAACCUUUGAAAAGACCAAAGAUGAAUUCCUGGUACUCAUGUGGGCUGGGGACAGGACCCACUCCCACCAGCCAGACUGGGAAAACUCCCAAUAGAUCAAUUCCUGAUACUCAUGGGGGCUGGGGACAGGACCCGCUCCCACCAGCCAGACUAGGAAAACUCUCAAUAGAUCAAUUCCUGAUACUCAUGUGAGCUGGGGACAGGACCCACUCCCACCAACCGGACUAGGAAAACUCUCAAUAGAUCAAUUCCUGAUACUUGUGGGCUGGGGACAGGACCCACUCCCACCAGCCAGACUAGGGAAACUCAGUAGAUCAAUUCCUGAUACUCUUGUGGGCUGGGGACAGGACUCACUCCCACCAGCCAGACUAGGAAAACUCCUAAUAGAUCAAUUCCUGGUAUUCAUGUGGGCUGGGGACAGGACCCACUCCCACCAGCCAGACUAGGGAAACUCUCAAUAGAUCAAUUCCUGAUACUUGUGGGCUGGGGACAGGACCCACUCCCAGCAGCCAGACUAGGAAAACUCUCAAUAGAUCAAUUCCUGAUACUUGUAGGCUGGGGACAGGACCCACUCCCACCAGCCAGACUAGGAAAACUCUCAAUAGAUCAAUUCCUGGUAUUCAUGUGGGCUGGGGACAGGACCCACUCCCACCAGCCAGACUAGGGAAACUCUCAAUAGAUCAAUUCCUGAUACUUGUGGGCUGGGGACAGGACCCACUCCCACCAGCCAGACUAGGAAAACUCUCAAUAGAUCAAUUCCUGAUACUUGUGGGCUGGGGACAGGACCCACUCCCACCAGCCAGACUAGGAAAACUCCCAAUCUGUGAGCAUUAGGUGAAGUUCUCAGAAAAUCUUGCCUCAGGAGUGGGGAUAAUUAGCCCUAGACUGAGCCCUGCUCCUGACUCACCUACAAAAUCAUAAAAGCAAGACCUAAAAUGAUGAAACCAUUCCCAGAUAAUUCACUCCAUCCCAGAACAAAGCUCCAGAUGAUCUAGGGGUUACCAAAGUGUCUGCACCCUGCAAGGUAAACUCACAGUGCCUGACCUCGGGAGUGCCAGGCAUGCAGAGGAGCAGCCAAGGGCAAACACGCCAAGGAGAGUCACCUGGAAAAGCCAACCACCCAGAGCUGGCGUCUGUGUUAGAAUCACAGAACUCAAACUGUGGCUGAAACCGUGGCCCAGGCGUCCAGAAAGUUAAAGUUAAGAACCUGUAAUCCCAGCACUUUGGGAGGCUGAGGCAGGCGGAUCAUGAGGUCAGGAGAUUGAGACCAUCCUGGCUAACAUGGUGAAACCCUGUCUACUAAAAAUACAAAAAAUUGGCCGGGCAUGGUGGUGGCCGCCUGUAGUCCCAGCUACUCGGGAGGCUGAGGCAGGAGAAUGGCGUGAACCCAGGAGGUGGAGCUUGCAGUGAGCCGAGAUCACGCCACUGCACUCCAGCCUGGGCAACAGAGCAAGACUGUCUCAAAAAAAAAGUUAAGAAAUGACUUAAUGGAAGAGGUUCAGAAGACCCAGACCAACCUUACAGGGAUGAGAAACUACAAUAUUGACAGUGAAAACUAUCCUGAAUGGGGUAACAGAUUGGAUUUCACAGAAGAGACCAUGAGGCACCUUGAAGACGCAUCAGUGGAAACUAUUUGCAUUAGUUGGGCCUCCAGAGAGACAGAACCAAUAGGAGAUAGCUAGAUAUAUAUACAGACAGAUAGAUAGAUAGACUGACAGACAGCUGAGAGGGGCCUUAGGGGCACUGGCUGACACAAUUUUGGCAGGUCAAGAGCCCCACAACAGGCCAUCCACAAGCUGGAGACCCAAGGAAGCUGCUAGUGUGGCCCAGUCCAAGUCCUAAAGCAUCAGAGCCAGGGAAGCCAGUGGUGUAAUUCUCAGAGGCCAAAGGCCUGAGAACCUGGGGGCCACUGGUAUAAGUCUGGAGUCCAUAGACCCAGUGAAUUCCAAACACGAGAGAUGAGUGCACGUCAUAAUCAAAUUGCAUAUAACCAGUGAUAAACAGAAAAUCCUAAAACCAGUCAGAGGACAAGGGCAUGUUCUGUUGGGAGGCACAAAGCUGAUGAGAAUAGCUGACUCAGGAGCAGCAUGGGUGAGAGGCAGUCGAAUGUACUAAGGAGAAAACUGCCAAAUUCACAUUCUGUACCUGACAAAAUCUUUCCGAAACAAUGGUGACAUAAAGACAUUUUCAUACACACAGAAACUAACGGUUUUGUCACCUGCAGACCUGCACUACAAGAAAUGUUAAAUGAUGUGCUUCAGGGAAAAGAAAAAUGAAGAGCAUGUACACCAUUCAAGAUUUUCCUCUUGUUAUUUAAAUCCCUUUAGCCCAUCUCCCAUUUGCCCCAAGAAAUGAGUGCUGGCAGUGAGCUGCACUUUUUUUUUUCUAAACGCGAAAUGGGUUAAAAGAUGAAUGGCUUGGCCGGGUGCGGUGGCUCACGUCUCUAAUCCCAGCACUUUGGGAGGCUGAGGCCAGAGGAUCACUUGAGCCCAGGAAUUGGGGGUCAUCCUGGGAAACAUGGCAAGACCGCAUCUCUAUUAAAAAUAAAUAAAAGUUAAUUGA